AAUUAGUCCGUCUCAGAAGAAGAAUGAAAACCUCGAGUAAAUUGAAGAAAUUGUGGGAUUUUGAACAGAAUCACGACAAAGGGAGUAUCUCAUCUCUCUGGUCAGUGGUUCUUCUCAUUAUUUGUGUAUCCCUAUAUUGCCUCUCUGUCCUCAAGUUCAAAUCCCUCCCAAAUGUGGUACCUGAUUCGACUCAUGAUCGCUUCAGUGGAUUACGCGCUAAGGACUACCUGAGAAAUUUAACUAGUCUAGGACCAAGAGUUGGGGGUAGUAGUGCAAAUGAAUUGGGAACUGUUAGCCUUCUUGUGGAGUGGUUGACGGAAAUUAAGAGUGUUGCCGAAGCUAAUGGUCGUAGCCUCGAUGUGGAUGUUCAAGUAGCCGACGGAAGUCUCAUGAUAGGCUACAGUGCCAGUUCCCUCGUAGCCGUUUAUCGUGGUGUUAAAAAUGUUGUAGCUCGUCUGAGACCUGGACAGGAUACACCGCAAAAUGCUCUUCUACUAAAUGCCCACUUUGAUACAGUACCCACGAGUGAGGGUGGCGGCGACGACGGCUCCAUGUGCGCCGUGAUGCUGGAAAUGUUGGCCCAAUUGGCUCACUCUCCGAAUCAACUUCAACAUUCCGUCAUCUUCCUCUUUAAUGGAUUUGAGGAAAAUGCUCUGCAGGGUUCACAUGCCUUCAUCACACAGCAUCCUUGGCGGAGUUCCGUCAGAGCGGUCCUUAAUCUCGAAGCAGCUGGAAAUGGAGGGCGUGAGAUGGUUUUCCAAGCAGGACCACGACAUCCAUGGCUCAUGAAUCACUAUAAAAGAACAGUCCCCCGCCCUUAUGCAUCUACAAUGGCCGAGGAAAUGUUUCAAGCAGAGCUAAUUCCUUCAGAUACUGAUUUUCGAAUCUUCAGAGACUACGGACGCAUUCCUGGAAUGGACUUGGCCUUCACCUACAAUGGCUACCUCUACCACACUGAGUACGAUACUGAAGAGAAUUUCCCAGCUGACAGUCUUCAGCAUGCUGGUGAAAAUGUUCUUCCUCUUGUUGAAUCCUUAGCUUCAAGUGAGGAGCUCAAGGAUACACAGAAGCACGAAGACGGAAAUGUGGUUUUCUAUGAUUUCUUCAAUGUAGCCCUAAUUUACUACACCGAAAAAACUGGGAUCAUCAUAAAUUCAAUCCUGUCUGCACUUGGAAUUAUUCUGAUAGGAGUUUCAUGUUUUUUCUUCAUCCGCCACGGAGAAAUCUCCGUUGUUACAUUUGCCAGAGAAUUUGGCUUCACGAUGAUCAUUCAGAUGCUGUCGUUGGCUAUUGGAGCUGGUCUUGUGAUGCUAGCUGCUGUUAUCUACAACGCAGCUGGUCGUCCACUAUCGUGGUUUUCGUCAUCUUACCUCCUCUUCUUCCUCUACUUCUGCCCAUUCUUCCUGGGAUUAUCAAUUGGACCAGCAUGCUUUGUGGGCUUCAGAAAAAAUAAUCCCCUCACGUUAUCCAUCAAUGCCCAACUCUUUCUGCACAUUCAACAUCUCUACUAUAUUCUCGUCUUGGUUGCUCUGUCUGGAAGGAACAUUCGAUCCAGUUUCCUCAUCAUGAUUCCGGUGUUCUUCUACAAUGCCAGCCUUCUCAUCAAUAUCCUCUUCAAGUUCCAAUCAAAACGAGGCGCCUGGAUGUAUGUCCACCUCCUGUGCCAGAUAAUACCUUUCAUGUGGUUUUCUACAAAUUCUGUUGCACAAUUUUCGACAUUUAUCCCGAUGCAAGGCCGGAGUGGUGCAGGUAAUCCGGAAAUCCUUAUGGCUGUCUUCUGUAUCAUGUACGGCGUCUUCUUGGGAGGCUACCUGGUUCCUUUAAUCACCAUGUUCCGAAGCCCUAGGAUCACAACUCUGCUUUUUGUCCUACUCUGGAUUGUUGGGAUAAUCCUAAUGGUCACUCCGCUAGGCUUUCCAUUCCGUGAAGCUAAGGCACCGCAGCGAGUUGCCUUUUACCAUAUGAACCGGCAGUUUCAUGAACUCUCUGGAGGCGUACGUCGCGCUGAUUCUGGCUUCUUCGUCUCCACUGGUGACUCAUUUGGACAAUCAGCAAUUCAGGAUACACUUGGUACAUCGCAAGAUUUAAAUGAUGAAUGCGCAAAAGAAUUUCUAUGUGGCUUCCCCUUCAGUAUAUCUUCUGGUUCUUGGUAUCCAGCCGACCUGGCAACAAUUCCAGACACAGAUGUGGCUCUCACAUUAACUCAGAGAGAAGAUUUAGCUGAUGGCUCUGUUGUCUUGCACUUUGCACUCCAAGGACCAGAUAGGAUGUCUCUGCUGAUUUCUCCAGAACCCGAAGGAAUCCUUAGCGAAUGGAGUUUUGAAGAGCCCGUUCCAAAUCGCUCCAAUGGCACCUACAGCUACAGAUCGGCGUUAUUCAUCACCUAUACGAAUUUUAAGUUGGGCGUCUCACAGCCUAGUGAUACCACGGAAUUUUGGCUGAAAAUCACAAAUGCACCAAAUGUGGGGAAAGUUCUGGAUAUAUCAGUGACUGCGCACUAUAUUUGGCAUCAAGAUGCAAAAUCCAGUGAAUUCCAAUCUAAAGUUGACGCUUUACCAUCUUGGACAACCGUGCAAUCAUGGAUUGUGUCUUACGAUGCUUAUGAAUUUUUCGUUGGUGAUCAAUUGAACUAUUGGACCAUUUCAGUACGAAUCUACCUGACCACGAUGGAGGACCCUCCGCAAAAAUCAUCCGAAGACGUACCAGAUACAUCUGAGAGAAUUUACCCAAAAAUCAGAGAUGUCUCAUGGGGCGGAGACUUAAGGAGACGAGGGGCAUCAGAGAGUCUUCGAUUGCAGUGUGAGGAAGAAACAGUGGAGUACAAUGCUGCUGAUGAAGAGAGACCAAAGACAAAAAAAGAAGAAUUUCUUAUCCCAUUUUGGGUUAGCCCAAUUGGUCUUGGGAUUGGAAUGCUCCUCUUCUACACGGGCACUGUUGCCUUUCAUUCAUUGCCAGAUCUCAUAACACUCGCUGAAGAACGUGACAAUCAGGAUGCAUUUAUUGGUGAGCGUGCAAGGAAUAUGUUGGAGGAAUUUGUGAAGAUUGGCCCGAAGAUUGUUGGGAGUGAAGCUAAUGAGGUCCUUGCAGUUGAAUUCAUUCUUCGUGAGAUUGAAACAAUUGAUUCCAGUCGACACUUUGCUCAUACAAUUGAAGUGGAUGUCAGCACACACGAUGGAUCCUUUGGGAUUGGCACCUCUACGAGCACCUACAACGAACUCCAGAAUAUUGUUGUGCGCGUAAAACCUAGCCAAGGGCCAACUCCAGCAGCUACUCUACUCGUCAAUUCGCACUAUGACACCGUACCUACGAGCCCUGGAGCAUCAGAUGCGGGUAUCAUGGUGGUUGUGAUGCUGGAAACACUGAGGAAAAUUGUUCAGAGCCCCACAGCUCAUCGUCACAAUAUUGUCUUCCUGUUUAAUGGUGCCGAAGAGAUUGGCCUGAAAGCAGCACAUGGAUUUAUCACAGGGCAUCCAUGGAGGCAUAACAUUACGGCGUUGGUAAACUUGGACUCGAGUGGUAGUGGGGGGCGAGAGAUUCUCUUCCAAGCUGGACCAGGAGCUCCGUGGCUGCUGAAUCUCUAUGCAAAGUACGCCAAACAUCCUUAUGGUGCUGCAAUGGGUGAAGAACUCUUCCAGAGCGGCUUUGUCCCAUCAGACACAGAUUUUCGCAUUUUCCGAGAUUUUGGUGGCGUCCAAGGUCUCGAUAUGGCGUACUCGUACAACGGAUAUGUGUACCAUACAAAAUAUGAUCGCUUCGAGACGAUCCACAAGGGAACAUUUCAGCACACAGGCGAUAACGUCUUAGCAUUGGUCAAGGGAAUGGCCAAUUCUCUCGAAUUAGACGUGAAUGCUGAGCUUCCAACCGGCCCUGUUGUGUUCUUUGAUUUUAUGGGAUGGUUCAUGAUCUCCUACACUGAAGUAGUGGGUAUGAUCAUCAACAGCUUGAUCGUCAUCCUUCUCAUCGUGAUCGUCGGAUUCUCCGUCUAUUCUAUGUGUCGAUCAGAAGGAAUUUCAUUCCAAACAGGUCUAUGGGAACUGCUCGAAAUUCUAGGAAUACAUCUUGCAUCAAUAGCCGUAGGAAUAGGCCUCUGUUUACUGCUUAUGGUGAUCUAUCGCGCUACUGGAAGAUCCUUGGCUUUCUACUCGGAACUAUGGCUUCUCUAUGGCAUCUACUUUUCUCCAUUCUACCUGGGACUAGCCCUAGGACCUGUACUCUACUUAACACUGAGAAAGAAACUCCCAUUGCGCGUGAGCCAAGAAGUGCAGCUGUUCCUUCAUGCAAAUGCCCUCAUCCUUGGGCUCGUUUUGAUCGUCAUGACAGCCGCGGGGAUCAGAUCAGCAUACCUCCUGCUGACACCUCUUAUCUUCUACUGCGCUUCAAGUGGAAUUAGUGCGAUCUUCGGUCUUAUCAAUCAUCGCCGUGUUGGGUGGAUUUACUUCCACAUCCUUGGCGUUGUGCUGCCUUUCAUCUUCUACGCAUAUCUGUCGACAAUUGCUUUCACCACUUUCAUUCCAAUGGCAGGACGCGAUGGUCCGGAGAGUAGUCUCGAUAUGAUUCUGGUUAUUUUUAGCUGCGCAAUGGCUUUCUUCCUUGGUGGAUUUAUCGUGCCACUAAUUGGGCUCUGCACUCGCCGGUGGUGGGUCUAUGGAGGACUCUUUGGGGUCUUUACGAUUGUUGGAAUAAUCCUCCUAGCAACUCCCAUAGGAUUCCCAUAUCGAGCUGAGACUUCUCCUCAGCGCUACUGGAUCUUCCACACAAGCAGAAAUUUCCAUGAAUUCGGUACUAAUAACGUACGUAAAUCCGAUUCAGGAUAUAUGCUCCUUGCCAUGGAUACGAAUUCUUAUCCAUCUUUUGUGGAAGAGUAUGUUCCGGAAAUGAAAGAUGCUCAAACUGUGGAGGAAGAAUGCGAGAAGGAGAUCUUCUGUGGCUUUCCAUUCUACAGAGCUGGUAUGCUACGUGAUGCAGAGCACGUACAUUGGAUCCCGGCUGCUCCGCCACAUCUCAACAGUAGCAUCACCCUGACGAGAAUUACAAAUCAAAUUCCCGCAGGAAGGAUGGCUUUUCAGGUGGAAGGUCCCAGUCGUGUUAUGAUCUACAUUUCCCCAGCUGAAGGAAUAAGUGUAACAGGAUGGAGUUUCCAGUCGAAUAUCCACGGUUGGGCAAUACCAAGAAUGCCUGGACGACGGGGACAUCCAAUUGUUCACACUUCCGGAAAGAUUAAUCGUCCAUUCUCUUUUUGGAUUGAGCUAGAUACCCCAGAUUCAUGGCCUCCAAACACCCCCCAAGUAACCAUAGGUGUUUCCGGGCACUUUACACAUUAUGACCAGGAAAAGACUGCAGACUUUAGGCGUUUUACUGAUUCCUUCCCUGAUUGGGCGGAUGUUACAGCUUGGAUGGCUGGAUAUGAGGUUUUUGAGUUCUAAAGGGGAAACUUUACGUCUGACUUUACCUGAUUUGGGAACCAAAGUUAAAUAUGUAUGAAUGAUAUAUUGAUGAAUAAAUUCAUUAAAACUUGAAA